AUGGCUGUAUCUCCUGAAGAAUUUAAAAGAAUCUCCAUGUGUGAGGUUGCUAAAGUAGCAUGGAAAAUUCUGGAGGUUACGCAUGAAGAAACAAAAACUGUGAAAAACUCAAAAUUACAACUAUUAACCACUAAGUUUGAAGAAAUUAAGAUGCUGGAAGAUGAAAGUUUUAAUGAGUUUUAUGAUAAACUUAAUGACAUUGUUAAUUCCAAAUUUAAUCUCGGAGAAAAAGUUGAUGAAUUAAGAACUAUGAGGAAGAUCCUAAGGUCUCUACCUGAAAGAUUCAGACUUAAAGUUACUGCUAUUGAAGAAAAUAAAGAUUUGGAUACAAUAAAAGUUGAAGAACUGGUCGGAUCUUUACAAACAUAUGAGUCUUCACUUCCUCAAGUAAGAAAAGUUGAACUAACAAAAGCUGAAAGUGAAUGUGCUUUUAGUGAUUCGGAUGUAGCACUUGCUAAAGCUAAUCAGGAUUUUAGCAUACAAGAAGCAUAUAAUGACGUAUGUGAAGAAGUAGUCAAAUUAAAGAAACUCAACAAGAAGCAGUACAAUAGACUCACUACUGUGGAAGAUUUUUGCUUCCAAAAUAAGAUUAAACAAAGCAGUGCAAAUGAAAAGAAUAAGCCAAAACCCAAAGUAAAAUGGGUGAAUAAAGAAGAUACUGUGCGCUUUGUUGCUCACACAGCACUUAGAGCAAAGAAAGACUGCUCUUGGUAUCUGGACAACGCUUGUUCAAGACACAUGUUUGGAGAUAAAGCAUUAUUCAAGAAGAUUGAACCAACUGCUAGAGGCACUAUGACUUCUGGAGAUGGAAGCAAAGCUGCUGUAGAAGGGAAAAUGAGUAUUGAAAUACCUGGAUUACCAUCUUUACAUAAUGUUUUGUUUGUUAAUGGUAAAAGCAAAUUUACUCAGCAUUAG